GUUGACAGUAGUGAUUUUGACAUUGCACUUGUUCUUUACGAACAAGAAUCAGUAAAUUUCCUAUAAUAAAUAGUUUCAUUGAUUAGAAUUAACAUCAUGGACAACAAAACUGAGGAUCUUAAUCCACCCGAGAAAACUAUAUUUACCACUAUAGCUCAAGGAGACGUUACCGAAUUCAAGAAUAUACUCGCUCAACACAAGGGCAGCGUUGAUUUCUUAGACGAAAAUGGUAUGACCGCACUUCAGCACGCCGCUUAUAAGGGUUGUAAGGAUAUGGUGCAAUUACUUCUCGAUAGGGGCGCGGAUGUUAAUUGUGGAAAUCAUGAAUAUAACUAUACGGCAUUACAUUUUGGCGCUUUGUCUGGGAAUUCUGAAGUCUGCAAGUUACUCUUAGAUGCGGGCGCCAAACCGCAAGCGACCAACUCCGUGGGACGAACUGCCGCCCAAAUGGCUGCGUUUGUAGGAAACCAUCAUACUGUUGCAACUAUAAACAACUAUAUACCUCGUAGUGAGAUUGCUUACUAUUCAGUGCCUCAAGGACUUCAAACAGAGGCUUAUUUGCCUCCUAUUCUAGUUGAUACGCUACAUAGAUUUGUUCUUGGUGUAAAUAUCCACCCAGUCAGGUUAGCUUUAAACUUACAACAUGCCCCAGGACUAUUAGACAAUGCUGAUAAAGUUAGUAAAGUUUUAGAGAUGUUGUGUAAACGAGAAAUGACUAGAGGUAGUGAGACAAAUGAAGUUAUGGCUUUUAAAUAUCACUACCUUGCCUAUAUUAUUAAGGAAAUCCAUAAUAUUAAGGAUAAACAGAAGCCUAAUGCGGAGAAUGAGAAGAAGCAUGAUGUUGUGGAGAUAUUUUCUAAAAAGCUAUUGAAGCCUGGCAAGGAUGGUUAUUCCUUAGAUCUGAUGGAUGCCUUCUUAAAGGAUUGUGUUCGAGAGUUUCCAUAUAGAGAAUGCACCACAUUCCAUCAAAUGGUGACUGCAUUGACCAGUAAAGACCCUCCUCCAGCAUUUUCAGUUAUAAAUUGCACUAUCAACGGCCAAAGAGGGUUCAUCGACACAAUCCCCUAUUGCAGCACCUGUGGUGAGGAGAAACCAGCCAAGAAGUGUUCAAAAUGCAAAACAGUGCAAUACUGUGAUAGAGAAUGUCAGCGUCUACAUUGGUUUGUUCAUAAAAAGGGGUGUAACAGAGAGUCUAAUGUUGCCGCACCUACAAGUAAUUCCAAAGCGAAUAUUGACCCCUCUGAAUUAACUGCGGAACUUCAGAACCUUGUUGCUGGAUAGAAUUAUAAUUUACAUGUACCAAUUUAAAUAAAUCUAAAUGUAUACCACACCUAUGUACACGAUUUAUAACAGACGUACCAUCCAUACACUAGGUAAAUUGUUUGAAUGAUAAACAGUUUUUGAAACAAUGUUUUAUAUUGCAAGUUAUGUAAUCACCUGUUUUUUAUUGUUUGUGAUUAAAGCAAUGGAUGAUUUAUAUUAACCUUUAUAAUUUAUAUCAUCAUGACCAAUUUAAAUUGGAUAAAAUGUUAUGAUAUAUUCGCGGUAUUUUUAAAUUGUUAGCAAUAUGAUCAGUCAAUGAAUGAUAGAAACGUAAUGUUAUAUGUAAAUAUAGAUGUUGUAUAGCACAUAAUUUUAUUUUGCAACGAAAAUUAAUGCAAGUCUUCUAGAUUAAUAUGUCAAAAUUAAAUUGCUUCUUAAAGUAACCUUUGGAAAUCUAAUGAUGUCUAAAUUUUCACUCUAUCUUUUUGAUAAAUUGAAUUGUACAAAGGAAAAAGCCAGAUAUUGAAAUCCUUGGUAUGUUUUGGAAAUGUGUAUCUGUUGGAAAAUCGUAUAACAUAUGUAUUAUUUGAUUAAAUGUUUCUUUGAAUUCAUAAUAAAUUAUUAGUUUUCAAAUUGCAGUACUAAACAUUUUUUUACAUUAAAUAAAUACAUUGUUGUAUUUAGUGUGCUAUGGUUCUAUUAUUAGGCAUAAAAAUGUGUUUAUUCUUUACAAUAUAAUUAGUAUCAUUGACGUCAUUGGUUAAAAAUCUUUACAAGGAUUUGACUAAAACAAUCUACCUCCAUUUUUGCAGUUAGUGUUGUGUUCUUGAUUUUUUAUGUAAAGUAACGUGAAUGUGUCUUCUGUUCAAAUAAAUUGGUAUAAUUGCAA